UUCAAACUGAACGUAACCAUUAACAGAGAAACGUGUUUUCAGUCAGUUGACGUUUGCUCGCUAUAGAGAAUAGCAAGGAAAAUAACUACGUUAAUUAGCUAGAUAUUUUUUUUUAGAUGGUUCGGUGACUAACUUGCGUUGAUUUCUACAGAUAAGUUUGGAAAUGGCUCAGUUAUCAGCGAGGGGAGGUUUCCUGGAUUUUAGUCCCAUCAAGAAAGAAGAUUCACCUGCUGUUUCUUAUGGCAAUAAAGAAAACAAUAGCUCGCAUCCAGUUUUGAGUUUAAUUCAGUUUUCAAGGGCUCCGUUUGUAACAUUUGGAAAUGUAAAGGUGGGAUCUUCCAAAUCAUCAGUUCUUUGCAUUGAGAAUCCCGUUGAAGAUGCAAACAUAGAGGUGGCAAUUGAUAAGAUUGCAUCGACGAAAGGCUUUUCCGUGGAUCAAACCCGAUUUACAAUUCCGCCUGAGGAGCGUGUCAAUUUGACAAUAACUUGGACACCGAUAGAGGAAGGUGGUAUCCGAGAGCUGAUCACUUUCAUUGCCAAUGGGGUGGUCAAACACCAAGCCAUUUUGCUCGGUAGAGCAGACGCACCCAAAAGAAGAAAGAAGAGUCUGUGGGACUCAAUCAAAAGCAAGAAGGCAUUUGACCUAUCAGACCCUCCAAGGGGGAAGAAAAACUCAGUGUCUUCCCUGAAGAUGGCAGCCAACAAGACCUUCCAUGUGUCCCGGACACCACAGUACAGACGGGAGAAGGUUCGCAGCCCUCUUGCCUCACUCAACAAAAAAGCCUGCACACCUGUCGAAGGGCAGAAGUUUAAGCAGGAUGUGUUGGGUCAGUUGAGUUUUGACAAUGUCCAAAAGAACUCGCCUGUCGUCAUUCUAGUCCCCGCUGCAAAGCUAAUCGAUUCCUCUGAUGCAGCAGCCAGCUACAGUUGCCCAGUAGGCACACCUGAGUGCAGAGACCUCACCAGACUACUGAACACGACUGUGUCCCCUGUCGGCACUCCAGAAAGGUUUCAAAAGCUGAUGCCCCAUAUUCAGUCUAUACAGAGCCCAGUCCAUGUGAUUGAUGACACUGUUGCGGACAUAAGCCAUACAGUGUUGGCCGGAACACCAGUGUUGUCUGUGAGAGAUGCACUGGCCUUGAUUGAGUCAGAUCUAACUCAUGUGGUUAGUGCAAGCCCUCCAAAUGCGUGCUCUAGCUUUGAUUUCUCCCACUCCUUGGAGUCAGCAAAUGGAGAGAAGAAUUGUGGCCCUGUCAAAUCUGUGAUUGACAUCAAAGCCCUGUCUGAAAGCCCCAUCAAGUCAGAUCCUGCACAGCCUAGACUAACCUUCUUCAUCAAACCAAAACGUGUUACUGACAAGGAGGGUAAAGUAGAGGUUGGAGAAGUUGUUCCUCAAUCCAAAAAGGUUACUUUCACCUCCACCACAGUCAUCAAAAGCAAACCAGUUCCUGUCCAGGUACACAGUCCUGGGGUGAGGAGAAUCAAAACCUCCAGGCGCCGUCUCCUGGAGAAAACACUGGAGCUGUCUGGGGACAGUGGCCAUUCAGAGUCAAGCCCGGGUACUACAGUUACCCCUGGUCUCCCUGUCAUAGACUCUGAUGCAAAUAAUGAUUCUCCAUUAACUAUCUCCCCACGGCUGCAGGCGCUGGAGUCAGUUUCCUGUAGGCCAGUUUGUUUGGAUGCUAUCUCUGCUCCAGUCAACCUCUCCCUCAGCUCUCCUCUGCCUAUGAACCCCUCCACUGGUGGCCCCCAGCACCUUGGCCUGGAUGAUUCCAUUCUGGGAGCCACUCAGCUCCACACAGCACCGAUAGUGGAAUCUCUACCUGACCGGGCAGGCGUGUUUCCUGUUUACAACCAGAGCCAGUUUGACAUGAGGGUGGUGCGGAGCAAAAAGAGGAAGAGCGACGAGUUUCUGAGGGAUGGAGGGGAGAAAGUGGAGGAUGCUGCGGAGAAAACCAUGUUCCAUGUGAAAAAGAGUAGGGUGUCAACAGUGGUGAAGGGACCCAACAGACCAGCUCAGCAGAAGGGGUUCAGUGCCUCCUCUCACAGGCAGCAGACAAAAACAUCAGCUUCUGUGCGUACUAGUUCUGCCUCAUCCAUGAAGGCUCCAAAGUCUGUGUCCCCUGCCCAAGCCAAGCAGCCAGCUCCAAAACCUGGCCCGCAAGGUGCACAGAAAUCAUUUGGUGGCUCAUCUGUAAAAACUGCAAAGAUUGUAGCUGUGGCCCAGUCCAAGCUCGCCUUCACCAAGCCUGGUCAAACAGCCAUACCAAGACACCCGAUGCCGUUCGCUGCGAAGAACAUGUUCUAUGAUGAGCGCUGGAUAGAGAAACAGGAGACUGGGUUUACCUGGUGGAUCAACUACGUCCUCACCCCUGAUGACUUCAAGGUCAACACGGAGGUCACCAAAGUGAAUGCCGUAUCCCUGGCGAUGGGCGGUAAUGACAAAUUUGCCGUCAACAAGGCUCCCACCAAAGAGGAGAUGUCGUUUAGUACUUACACUGCCAGGCGGCGGCUCAACCGGCUGCGUCGCUCCGCCUGCCAGCUCUUCACCUCCGAGCCCAUGGUCAAAGCCAUCCAGAGGCUGGAGUUGGAGGUGGAGGCUAGAAGGUUACUGGUACGCAAGGAUCGGCAUCUUUGGAAGGACAUCGGAGAACGCCAAAAGGUUCUCAACUGGCUUCUAUCGUACAAUCCUCUUUGGUUACGGAUUGGACUUGAGACUAUUUACGGGGAGAUGAUCUCACUGGAGAGCAACAGUGACGUCAUGGGCUUAGCCAUGUUCAUUCUGAAACGUCUGCUGUGGAACCCUGACAUCGCUGCGGAGUUCAGACAUGCCAAAGUACCCAACCUCUACAAAGAUGGCCACGAGGGGGCGCUGUCUCGUUUCACUCUGAAGAAGCUUCUCCUCCUGGUGUGUUUCCUGGAUAAAGCCAAAGAGUCCAGGAUGAUCGAACAUGACCCCUGUCUGUUCUGUAUGGAUGCAGAAUUCAAGACUACCAAGGACCUGCUGCUGGCUUUCUCCAGGGACUUCCUAAGUGGGGAGGGGAUCCUCCCCCGUCACCUCGGUUACAUGGGCCUACCGGUCUCCCACAUCCAGACGCCUCUGGACGAGUUCAACUUCGCUGUCAAGAAUCUGUCUGUUGACCUUAAGUGUGGAAUCCGUCUAGUGCGUGUGAUGGAGCUGUUCAUCCAGGACUGGAGCCUGUCCCGUAAGCUGAGGAUGCCCGCAAUCAGUCGUCUGCAGAAGGUCCACAAUGUUGACAUAGCCCUGCAGGUACUCCGAGCCAGAGGGGUUGACCUCAAGGAUGAGCAUGAUGCUGUCAUUGACUCCAGAGAUAUUGUGGAUGGACACAGGGAGAAGACACUGAGCCUGCUGUGGAAGAUCAUUUUUGCCUUCCAGGUGGAGGUUCUUCUGGACGAGGACCAGCUGAGAGAAGAGAUCAGUUUCCUCAAACACACCUGGACCACCAAACAGAGGCUGGCCUCCCUGAGGGCCGACAAAGGUGUGCUGCAGAAGACUGCCAAGCCUAGACCCCCAUUCAAGCACAGUAGCUCAAAGAUCACUCUACUCAUGGAAUGGGUCAAUGCUGUCUGCCAGUUCUACCACUUGAAGGCAGAGAAUUUCACGGUGUCGUUCUCAGACGGUCGUAUCCUCUGCUACCUGAUCCACCACUACCACCCCAGCCACCUACCGGCAGACAGCGUCAGCCACAACACCACUCAAACUGUGGAGUGCUCCCAGAGAGGACGAGUUGAACUCAACAGCUCCUCCAGCGACUCGGACAUCUCCUUUGACACCUGGCCCACCACACAAAAUGGCCUUGUGUUGCCAUCGAUUGAGUUCAAAGAGCUUCUGGAGAAUGAGAAGAAUAACUUCAGGCUGGUCAACACUGCAGUGUCUGACUUGGGAGGGGUUCCUGCCAUGAUGAACCCUGCUGACAUGUCAAACACUAUCCCAAAUGAGAAGGUUGUGACAUGUUACCUGUCCUUCCUGUGUGCCCGUCUCCUGGACCUGCGGAAUGAGACGCGUGCUGCCAGGAUCAUCCAGGGAGCUUGGAGAAAGUACCGUCUGAAGAAGGAUCUGAAGCUUUACCAGGAAAGGACUGUAGCAGCGGGGAAGAUCCAGGUGCUGGUCAGGCAGUUUCUCCAGAGACGUAGAGCUGUCUGUCAGACCGCUGCAGCCGUCCGAAUCCAGGCUGCAUGGAGGGGCUACUCGGCGCGGAACACCCUGACACUGAGGAGAAAGGCUCUACUCUGGGCUCUCCAGGUUGCUGCUGCUACCACCAUCCAAGCACAAUGGAAGAAGUAUAUUACCUUGAAAAACUACCAGCGCUUGAGAUUGCAUGUUGUUAAAGUUCAAGCUCUCUGGCGUAUGAAGAUGGCAGUCACUACCUACAGAAGGACACAGUGGGCUGCAACAGUAAUUCAGGAGCAUGUUAGGGCCUCGGCUCUGGCAAGGGAAGAGCGUGAAUGUUACUGCUCGCUGAGAUCAGCAGCUAUCAAAAUCCAGAGAAACUAUCGGAGACGGAAGACUCGGAGACUGCAGAGGGAGAACCAUGCUGCCACAGUGAUACAAACUGCAUUUAAGAAAUGGCACAGUGACAAAAUGGCCCGACGGACCGCAGCUGCCCUGAAGAUUCAGUCUUGCUACAGAAUGCACAGGUGCCUAAAACAGUACAUGGGCACCCAGCGGAGCGCCAUCCUCAUUCAGGCUUGGUGUAGAGGUCAUGCACAGAGACGCAACUUUGAGACACUGAAACUGCAGCAUCACUCUGCCACUGUCAUCCAAAGUGCUUUUAGGGCAAGCACGGUCAGAAAACAGAUGGCGACGAUGAGACAAUCCUCAGUCGUGAUUCAGCGUUGGUUCAGGGCCUCUGUACAAAGAGAUGCAGGGAGGCAACAAUUCCUGAAAAUGAGAUGUGCUGCUGUUACCAUACAGUCCGCUUAUCGUGGACAUACGGCUCGGAGACUAAUGCAACAACAGAAUCAGGCAGCCACAGUCAUCCAGACAACUUUCAUGAAGUUUGUGGCCAGACGAAAAUUCUUGUCCUUGAAAAAAUCUGCGAUUGUUGUCCAGCAGCGAUUUAGAGCCAAGCUAGUAGGGGAGAAAUCAAGGAAAGAAUAUAUGGCCCUCCAAUAUUCUGCAUUGAGAAUACAAGCUAUCUGGAGAGGUAGGGCAGAGAGGAAGAGGCUUGAAAAACUGCAAAAAUGCGCCACACUCAUUCAGUCUUCCUACCGUAGACAUGUAUUGCAGUCACAGUUCAGGUCAAGAAAGGAGGCUGCUUGGACCAUCCAAAGCCAGUACAGAGCUUAUAGGGCAGGGAAAACAAUUAGAACUGACUAUCUCCUGGUCAAGAAAGCUGCUGUUACUGUACAAGCCAGGUUCCGUGGCAUGAGAGUUAGGCAAGAGCUGAGGCAAAAACACCAGGCUGCUACUUUCCUUCAGUCAGUAGUGAGAGUCAUUCUCUGUAGAAGACGAUAUGUGUUACUGCAACGUGCCGCUGUAGUCCUCCAGUGUCGGUACCGGGCUCUUGUAGCAAGCAGAACACAGCGAGCGCAGUACAGCCAGCUGAAAUUGGCUACAGUAAAGCUACAGUCUGCUUACCGGGGAUCCAGAGUCCGAAGAGACCUAAGGACGAAACACCAAGCUGCUACGGUCAUCCAAGCUCAGUUAAGGAUGCACAAAGUGCGUCAGGCCUAUCUUGCCACAAAGGUGGCGGCCAUCAUUGUACAGCAGCAUUACCGGGCCAAUCGGCUCCGAGAUCUACAGAUGCAGUGGUACACCUUAGUGAAGUCCGCUGCAGUUGUGAUUCAGGCAGUGUAUCGCGGUCACAGAGCAAGAAUGGAGGUUGCUAGGAUGCACCACUCAGCCAUGAUCAUUCAGAGGCGGUUCCUCACUUUCAGGGACAGGAAACGCUUCCUUGCGGUCAAAACUGCUGUUCUACUAUGUCAACAGAGAUGCAGGGAUGUGGCCAUGGUAAGAAAAGACCAGAGGGCCUAUCUGUUGAAGCUUAGGUCAGUCACUGCUCUGCAAGCAGCUUUCAGAGGGAUGAAGGUACGGAAGCAGUUGCAGACUGAAUGCAGAGCGGCCAUACUCAUUCAAUCUCACGUCCGGAAACACCUGCAGAGGGCGCACUAUAAAAGGCUUCAGUGGGCUGUGAACACAGUGCAGGCUCGUUACAGAGCCAACAAGAAGAUGAUGGAAGACAGGAAAGCACUGUGCAUAAAGAGGAGGGCUGUUGUCGUGUUACAGGCUGCCUUCCGGGGCAUGCUAUCCAGACAGCGCAUGAGAGAGAUGCACAAGGCCGCCAGUGUUCUCCAGAGAAGUUACAGGGCGCACUUCGAACGCCGACAGUACCUCUCCUUGAGAUCCUCUGUCCUUGCCAUUCAACAAAAAUAUCGUGCCGCUGUUGCAGUGAAACAGCAGAUGCGUCACUACCAACGAAUGCGCAGUGCCGCAAUCCUGCUCCAAGCAGCAUACAGAGGCCAGAGAGCCAGAAAGGAGAUCAGUCUUCAACAUCAAGCUGCCACCACGAUCCAGGCUGGCUUCAGAAAGCACAGAGAGGAAGUCAAGUUUCAGGCCAUGAAGUUUGCUGCCAUCAUCAUCCAGAGAUACUUCAGAUCUCACAUUCAAAGGAAACAAGACCGAGACCAGUUUUUGACACUGAAGAAUUCGGCCAUAGUCCUUCAGGCAGCUUUCAGAGGGCGUUGCGUGCGCCGUGACGUUGCUAAGCUGAAGAGAGCUGCUUCUGUGAUUCAGGCCAACUUCAGGAUGCACAAGGAGCAGGUCAAGUUCCAGGCCAUGAGAUUGUCUGCUGUCAUCAUUCAGAGGCACUACAGAUCUCACAUUCAAAUGAAACGAGACCGAGACAGAUUCAUAAAGAUCAGAGAGUCUGCCUUUGUCCUUCAGGCAGCUUUCAGAGCAUAUCACAUUCGACAAGAUGCUGCUAAGAUGCACAGAGCUGCUUCUGUGAUUCAGGCCAACUUCAGGAUGCACAAGGAGCAGGUCAAGUUCCAGGCCAUGAGAUUGUCUGCUGUCAUCAUUCAGAGGCACUACAGAUCUCACAUUCAAAUGAAACGAGACCGAGACAGAUUCAUAAAGAUCAGAGAGUCUGCCAUAGUCCUUCAGGAAGCUUUCAGAGAAAUGACGGCACGGAAGCAGUUGCAGACUGAAUGCAGAGCUUCCAUACUCAUUCAAUCUCACGUCCGGAAACACCUGCAGAGGGCGCAUUAUAAGAGGCUUCAGUGGGCUGUGAACACAGUGCAGGCUCGUUACAGAGCCAACAAGAAGAUGAUGGAAGACAGGAAAGCACUGUGCAUAAAGAGGAGGGCUGUUGUCGUGUUACAGGCUGCCUUCCGGGGCAUGCUAUCCAGACAGCGCAUGAGAGAGAUGCACAAGGCCGCCAGUGUUCUCCAGAGAAGUUACAGGGCGCACUUCGAACGCCGACAGUACCUCUCCUUGAGAUCCUCUGUCCUUGCCAUUCAACAAAAAUAUCGUGCCGCUGUUGCAGUGAAACAGCAGAUGCGUCACUACCAACGAAUGCGCAGUGCCGCAAUCCUGCUCCAAGCAGCAUACAGAGGCCAGAGAGCCAGAAAGGAGAUCAGUCUUCAACAUCAAGCUGCCACCACGAUCCAGGCUGGCUUCAGAAAGCACAGAGAGGAAGUCAAGUUUCAGGCCAUGAAGUUUGCUGCCAUCAUCAUCCAGAGAUACUUCAGAUCUCACAUUCAAAGGAAACAAGACCGAGACCAGUUUUUGACACUGAAGAAUUCGGCCAUAGUCCUUCAGGCAGCUUUCAGAGGGCGUUGCGUGCGCCAUGACGUUGCUAAGAUGAAGAGAGCUGCUUCUGUGAUUCAGGCCAACUUCAGAAUGCACAAGGAGCAGGUCAAGUUCCAGGCCAUGAGGUUUGCUGCCAUCAUCAUCCAGAGGUACUUCAGAUGUUACAUUCAAAUGAAACAAGACCGAGACCGGUUAAAGAAGUGCAGAGAGUCUGCCAUAGUCCUUCAGGCAGCUUACAGAGGAUAUCGCGUUCGACAAGACGUUGCUAAGAUGUGCAGAGCUGCUACUGUGAUCCAGGCCAACUUCAGGAUGCACAAGGAGCAGUCUGCUUACAGGAGGCAGCAUUGGGCAGCCAGUGUUCUUCAGCAAAGAUUCAGAGCUCAGAGACUGAGGAACUCUCAGUUGGAGAACUACCAUCAGAUGAGAAAUGCUGUGAUAAACCUUCAGGCCUUGUAUAGGGGAAAACGGGCAAUGGAGCUGGCUAAACGGAUGAUGGCAGCCAGGAAGAUUCAGUCAUUUCUGAGAAUGAGCAUCAGACGACAACGCUUCUUGAAGGAAAAAGCUGCUGCUCUGUUGAUCCAGUCUGCCUUCAGAAGACACCAGGCCAAGACACGGUACAACGAAACACAAGCCUCUGCAGUCACGAUCCAAAGAUGGUACAGAUCAUGCAACGUCCUCAGACGACAAAGGGACGACUACUUGGCCAUCAGAGAAGCUGCUGUGAAGCUUCAGUCAGCCAUCCGUGGAACCCUGGCAAGAAGGCUGGCCAGACGCAAACGUGCGGCUGUCAAGAUCCAGUCCGUGAUACGCAUGUCCAUCCAACGGAGAAGUUAUCUGACCCUGCGAUCCAGCACGGUAAAGCUGCAGUCUCACUGCAGGGCUUGGGUGGCGAGGAGGAGAUUCCUGAAGCGUCGGACAGCGGCCGCUACUCUCCAAAAGCACUACAGAGGCCGGCAGGCCCAGAGAGAACAGCGAUCCCUGUACCUAAAGACCCUGACCAGUGUCAAAAUGCUGCAGACCAGAGUGCGUGGACACAUCCAACUCAAGAGGUACCAGAAUCUCAAGAGAAGUGCAGUCACAAUUCAGGCAUUUUACCGUGGAAUGGUGGAGAGGCGCCGGUUUCAGAAUCAAAGGGCAUCUGCUGCUAUAAUACAGGAACGUUUCAGGGCCUAUCUCCUCUGCCGAAGAGAGAGGGCAAAAUACCUGGAAAUGAAGCAGUCUGCUGUUCUUAUUCAAGCAGUGUUCCGUGGUGAUCUUGCCAGACAGAGUGCCAAGAAACGUCAGGCGGCUGUCGCCACAGUCCACCGAUGUAUGCAGACCAGGCAUCUACGCAACAGGUUCCUAGUGCUCCAGUGUAGUGUAAGGGUCAUUCAGGGCAGAUGGAGGGAGACCUUGAAAGCCAGGGAAGAGCGUCGCAACUUCCUGGUCAUGAAAGCUGCCGCUGUUACAAUCGAAGCGUCGUGGAGAGGCCAUGCGACCAGGAAUCGCCUGCAUAAGGAGCAGCGGGCUGCGGUGCUGGUCCAGUCGUCCUUCCGUGGAAGGGUCCAGAAACGGGCGUUCCAGAGACAAAGGGAGGCUGCCCUGGUCCUACAGAGGAGAGUCCGAGCUAUGCAGCAGGCUAAAGCAGAGAGGGUCAAAUACACACGUUUGAAACAGGCUACCAUCACUGUCCAGGCUCACUGCAGAGGCUGGAUUGCCAGGAGACAGUUGAGAGAAGCGGCCUCUGCGGAGAGGAGGGUGCGUUUCUGCACGGCUGUGUACCACCACCUCUGUGCUGUGCGGAUCCAGAGAGCUCUGAGGUCACACUUGGCUCUGCAGUCUGCCAAGAGACAGAUCACCUCUGUCAUUUUUAUACAGAGGUGGCUGAGAGCACGGCUCCAGAGGCGGCGAUACCUGGAGGACAGGAGGAGGGUGGUCGUGGCCCAGAGGGCAGCCAGGAGUUGGUUAGCUCGCCGCCGUCGCGCCGCCUCCACCAUCCAGCACGCCGCCAGGACCUUCCUCCUCCGUAGGCGGGAACAGAGGGUUCAGCAGGGCAUCAUCAAGGCACAGGCGUUGUGGCGAGGCCACCAGUCCAGAAAGCUCCAUGACAAUUGUAAAGUGGUGUCCAUGAGGCAUCGUCUGCGGAAGGUGUCUGAGGAGGUACGCGAGGAGGACCGGCUGUGCAACAAGACGUCCUGGGCCAUCGAAUACCUCCUCAAAUACAAGCACUUCUCCUAUAUCUUGGAGGCUCUGAAGAAUCUGGAGACCGCCACUAGGCUGUCCCCAGAGUGCUGUGAGCGUCUGGUGACGAGCGGCGCCACGCUGGUCAUCUUCACGCUGAUCCGCAGCUGCAACCGGAGUGUCCCCUCUAUGGAAGUCAUUACCUACGCCAUCCAGGUGCUCCUCAACCUCUCCAAGUAUGACAAGACAAUCGAGGCGGUUUAUGCGGUGGAGAACUCUGUGGACACACUGCUGGACCUGCUCCAGAUAUACAGGGAGAAGGCCGGAGACAAGGUGGCCGACAAAGGAGGCAGCAUCUUCACCAAGGCCUGCUUCCUCCUGAUCAUCCUGCUGCAGGACCAGUACAGGGCUCUGGAAGUGAGGAAGCUUUCCAAGGCAGUUGACCGGCUCCGCAGCAUCUACCGCCUCACUGCACGCAAACACAAGAUGGAUGCCGAGAGGACCGUGGUCAAGCAGAAGAUGGGCGCAUCCAUAAAUGGAAGCUUCAUCGUCCCGGCAACCCCCCGCAAAUCCAAGCCAGUGCCUAAAUUCUCCCCUGACUGGGUUCUCAGAAAGGACAAACUGCAAGACAUCGUUGACCCUCUCCGAGCUGUACAGAUGGUGGCUGACGUCUUCUCUAUUGUGCUUUAAAUAUACUUAAUGAAAUAUUUUCUUUUGCUUUUUCCAUAGACAUUUUUGUAUAAUUGUUUAUUAAAUGAUACGCAUAUGAUUGUAUUUUUUUAUGUUUUUUUAAUGUACUCUACGUUGAUGACUUUUUUUUAGCUUGUUAAUGUUUUGAUUCUAUCUAGAAAAAGCUCCAUGAGUUGUCUUUGAUAACUUCAUUUGAUUCAACAAGAAGACAUGAUGCAAGGUGUAUACACUGAUGGUUGGUGGCCACACGGUGGAAGCAUUUAACCUGCAGGUUAAUGGAUUGAAUAAGGGUGAAUUAAAAAACAUGUAGACCUAUUACAAUUAUCCCAUGUUAAUGAUCUAAAAACAUCUGUGGGAGAAAGACACUAGAAGUCUUCUGACAACGGGUGAUUAACGUGGCGUUUUAACUGUCUAGAUAGGUGUGUGAAGUAUCUGGUAAUUGAAAGAUGUGAUUUAGAUCUAAUUUGCACAUGCCAAACAGAAAAUAUACCGGGACGAUUCUUGAAUCCAUUCUGUAAAUAUUUACUUUGACUGCCUACUGCUGUAAAUAAAACAUCUGAUUUCACCUGAAA